AUCACAGUCAAAUCGUGAAUGCUAUCAUCGUCACUAACAGCAUCUCCGGACCAUGCUUCAGUUUCCUCCAGAUGACUUGCUUGCAUGCAGCAGGUUUUUCCUUUUGACCGACGAGAUCUCCGCACCCGCCGACUUCAUCUUGCAUCGGCUCCUUGCGCAAAAGUACAAGGCCAGCAAAGGAAGCAAGGUGAUCGUUCUGUCAACAUCGAGCGACCUAGACAGAUGGAAGACUCUGGCGAGCAAGUCUAACAUCAAUCUUGGGCAAUUGGCUACCAACGGCAGCUUCAUCUUUGUUGACCUUCUCAAUGAAGCUGUACUCCCAAUCUCUGAACCGUUCGGCAACGCCAUUACACGAAGUCUACGGCCACUUUACGAUAUGGUUGAAACUGAGUUAUCUGUCGCUGACGUCGACAACCGACCUCUCGUCAUUCUCGAUGAUGUCUCUUCUCUGGCAUGGCUCGGUUUCAGCACGCUUGAACUAAGUCGGUUUACCCGCGCAGUUUGGGCUAUCUGCAGAAAGUCCAACGCAUCGUUGGUGUGCCGAUAUCACAUACUCGACCCCGCCGAGCCCGAGUCUCUCUUCCAGAAGCUCCUGCAGCUGGCCUCCUAUCAUAUCGAAGUGAGGCCGUUGGCCAGCGGACGCAGCGGGGCAGUUAGCGGAGAAGUCUGCAUGCACCUUGGACCAUCUGAACCAUCCCCAGAUCUUCACCUAAUCUCUCGACAAGCUGCCGUACAGUACCGGCUAACGGAUAUUGGUUCUGUGUUCUUUGAGAAAGGUACUAGCGUAGGGGUAUUGUGAAAUCGACCGCUACAAGCACACUACACCGUAGAGUUACCAACGAAAACGGGC